AUGGAGGAAGGCAUGAACAUUCUCCACGACUUUGGGAUCCAGUCAACUCGCUAUCUCCAAGUGAAUUACGAAGACUCCCAGGACUGGUUCGUCUUAGUCUCUGUGAUCGCUGACCUCAGGAAUGCCUUCUAUAUUCUCUUUCCCAUCUGGUUCCAUCUUCAAGAGACUGUGGGCAUCAACCUCCUCUGGGUGGCAGUGGUCGGAGACUGGUUCAACCUUGUCUUUAAGUGGAUUCUUUUUGGACAGCGCCCGUAUUGGUGGGUCCUGGACACUGACUACUACAGCAACAGCUCUGUGCCUCUGAUAAAGCAGUUCCCUGUCACCUGUGAGACUGGACCAGGGAGUCCCUCCGGCCAUGCCAUGGGCACAGCAGGUGUGUACUACGUAAUGGUCACGUCUACUCUCGAUUUCUUUCGUGGAAAGAAAAAGCCAACAUAUGGAUUCAGGUGUUUGAACAUCAUCCUGUGGUUGGGAUACUGGGCUGUGCAGCUGAACGUCUGUCUGUCCCGGAUUUACCUUGCUGCUCACUUUCCCCACCAGGUUGUGGCUGGAGUCUUAUCAGGUAUUGCCGUGGCUGAAACUUUCAACCACAUCCGGGGCAUCUACAAUGCCAGUCUCCAGAGAUACUGUCUCAUCACCUUUUUCCUGUUCGGUUUCGCACUUGGAUUUUAUCUGCUGCUAAAAGGGCUAGGGGUGGACCUCCUGUGGACUUUGGAGAAAGCCAAGAGAUGGUGUGAGCGGCCGGAAUGGGUCCACCUUGACACUACACCCUUUGCCAGCCUCUUCAAAAACCUGGGGACCCUCUUGGGGUUAGGGCUGGCCCUCAACUCCAGCAUGUACCGGAAGAGCUGCAGGGGAGAACUCCGCAAGUCGCUCCCGUUCCGCUUUGCCUGCAUUGUGGCCUCCUUGGUCCUCCUGCAUCUCUUUGACUCUCUGAAGCCCCCAUCCCAGAUUGAGUGGAUCUUCUACAUCUUGUCUUUCUGCAAAAGUGCAACAGUCCCCUUUGCAUCCGUCAGUCUUAUCCCUUACUGCCUAGCCCGGGUCCUGGGACAGACACACAAGAAGUUUUUGUAA